AUGCAGAGACGCUUCGGCAUCUUUGUCUCUCUGAAAGACACAGAGAGAGAAGUCGACCUCCAGAAGAGGGAGAUCAAGUUGUUAAAACAUGAGCUUGAAGAGGCACACGCACUGGCAGACCUCGCUGCCAAACCCAUUAUGAUGGGGGCCUCCCAGGUCAGGGGGAGGGGAUGCGGUUCCGGGCCUCAUGAGGUGCGACCCCAUAUGGGGACUAACGCACCAAGGGGCGGGGCACCGACUAUCCCGCCACCCCAUGGGCAGGCGACCCUGUCCAGGUUGCAUAAGGGCCCGCCCUCAGGAGGGCAAACCCAUGUCGAGGGGAGAUGGGAAGACGAUGGCCAAAGCCAACAAAUUCUCGGCCCAACCCAAGCUGAGAGCAAGCUAUCACCCCCGGUGAUAGUGGACAACACAAGCCAACUCCGAAAGGAGUUGGAUGAGACAGAAUCCCUCAUGAAAGGGAAACAAGAGAGCGAGACAAGCUCCUCACUCAGGCCAUCCAAAUAG